CUACAAGUUGCACGAACAACGCAAAAUAGAUCCAUUCACUUAGCUACUUCAAGCUGGACCUUGCUUUCUUCCUUUUUCCUCCUCUUCCUCUCUCUCCUCUCAUCCAUCUCUUAAAACAUCAAGCUUACUACUACUAACCAAAGCAGGUUGUGUUUGUCUGUCUGUUCGUUCUUGUUUCUGCGUCCUUCAUCGCAUUGCAUCUGAUCUGCAUUCACACUUUCACGGCCUAGCGAGAUUUUACUUGUUUGCAUGGGUUGAGUUUGCUUGUUCACCGUGAAUAACUUCAUCAUGUCUUCCGAGGACAAGUACGAAACGCUGGAGAAGAUUGGCCAUGGCUCCUUUGGUAUUAUCCGCAAGGUCCGUCGCAGGACAGACGGCUUCAUCAUGUGCCGCAAAGAAAUCUCAUAUCUACGCAUGUCCCAGAAGGAGCGCGAACAACUUCACGCCGAGUUCCAGAUCCUAUCGCAUCUGCGCCACCCAAACAUUGUCGCCUAUUACCAUCGUGAACACCUCAAAGUUAGCCAGGACUUGCAUCUUUACAUGGAGUACUGCGGGAAUGGCGAUCUCGGCCGCGUUAUCAAGGACCUCGCGCUAAAGGGCCAGCGAGCUCAGGAAAGCUUCGUCUGGAGUAUCUUCAGUCAGCUCGUCAUGGCGCUUUACCGAUGUCACUACGGUGUUGAUCCUCCAGAGGUUGGCGCCAACGUGCUGGGUUUGACACAGGGAAGCGCUGCUGGCGGACCCAAGGUUCCUGCUGGAACAAUGACUAUUCUACACCGAGAUUUGAAACCUGAGAAUGUCUUCCUUGGCGAGGACAACUCUGUCAAGCUUGGAGACUUCGGUCUAUCCAAGAUGAUCAAGUCCCACGACUUCGCCUCUACCUAUGUCGGUACCCCCUUCUACAUGUCUCCCGAGAUCUGUGCCGCAGAGAAGUACACACUAAAGUCAGAUAUCUGGUCUUUGGGCUGCAUCAUCUACGAGCUCUGCGCUCGCGAGCCACCCUUCAACGCAAAGACACAUUUCCAGCUUGUGCAGAAGAUUAAGGAGGGCAAGUUCCCUGCCUUACCCGACGUUUAUUCUCCCGAGCUUUAUCAGGUUAUCAAGGACUGCCUCCGUGUGAACCCUGAUCGAAGACCUGAUACUUCUGAGCUCCUGAACCUGCCAGUCGUCAAGCUUAUGAGGAAGGAGAAGGAGGUUGUCGACCUGAACAAAUCUCUCCGCCUCAGAGAGGAUGCUUUACGUAAGAAGGAAAGGGACCUCAAUGAGAGACUUGCCAAUAUGGAGAGAGAGAAGGACGUUAUCCGAGACGAGCUGGACUCUUCGCUACGGAGAGAGUGGGAGGUUAAAGCGCGUCUCGAGAUUGACCGUCUUGCCAACGCAGAGAUCGAGCAGCUCCAAAGUCGCUUCGAAGCCGAGGUUCAGGCACGCGUCGAAGCUGAACUGCAAAAGAAAGCAGUAACAUUUUCCGGCUCAAGACCUGAGAGUCGAGAGGAUGAGUAUGCCUCAUCGAUGGGCAAGUCGGAUUACAAGUCUGACUAUCCCCACUCUUCCAUUGGUGGCAGCGAGGUUGAGUUCCCCUCGACAACAGAUCUCACUGAGUACUCCAUCGAUAGCCCCGAGGCGCCUCGAGAGACUAAGAAGACAGCUCGCACGCCUUUCAGCCGUGCGCAGACCAUGUUCGUCGGUAACCCCGCUGGUACACCAAUGGAUAUCGAGAUGAACUCACCCAGCCCCAUCGCUAUCGCGUCGCUAUCUCUUUCUCCUCGUCGCAAUGGCAACACCAAGGCUCCUACCACUGCCAACGCAAACAUCUUUACCGCCAACGCCAAUCGAAACUCUGCCGAUUCCCGAUGGGAUCAUCCUCGCGAUACCUUGUCUGAUUCUGAAGAUGAAGAUGUUGUCCCAUCGCCGACACGAAACAUCAAAUCUUCGAAGAAUCCCUUCACCUCCAAGACACGACCUGUCCUCACUUCUCAGAAGUCGUGCCCCAUGAACCGCCUCAAGACCCAACCAUCAACCUCGGGCUUCGUGUCUAAGCAGAUGCCUCCACCUGAGGCUCCGAGGUCGCCCACUCGCCGUCUCAGCAAGAUUCCCUCAGCAGCAAACCUCCAGUCCGAGGCCAACAGCCAGGGCUUGACGCGCGCCUCAUCACUCAAUAACAAGAAGAACAGCAGCAGCACCGAUGAUGUUUUGGGCAAGGUUGCUGCUAAGAAUAACAUUCGAGGCCGAACCCUCGUCGAGCUUCAGCAGGCUCGCGCAGGCGGUCGUCCCAUGAGCGCCAUCGUGAUGCCCAGCACAGGGGAGAACGUCAGCCCCAAGAGGGCAUUCCGAGACCGCAUCGGAAUGGAGCGCAAGUCAAGUGGUGACGAGCCCGUCGCUGUCUGGGAUCCGGAACGAGACGAAAUGCCUAGUCCUUUCCUGGUCCGACAGCGACGGAUCGCCCGGGUGUAGGCCGCCUCCGUGCUAGUCGCAUGAAAAGAAGUAAUGAUGAAGAAAGUUGAUAUAUGUGCGGUUGUGGUUUUGUUGUUUUUUUAUGCAUUAGAGGCGAGCAUCAUGAUAUUGCUUUGGAGGGUCUACGCUACCCUAACACACCUCUUUGUCUCUCGUUUUGAUUCCCCCUUUCAUUUGUCUUACCGCAAGCUGAGAGGGAAACGAGAGGCUUUCCCGAUGGAUAUCCCCCUCACACGUGAGGGUUUGGAAAUGAUACAUGGAAACACUUAUGGGCGUUUUUGGCGCGAGCACCAGGAUCAUGGCAUGCAUGGAAUGGAAUGGGUUAUCACAUUUUAAAUGCUCUGUUGGUGUACUUGUUACUUUUAAUGGGCAAGGAUUUUAGCAUUGAUUGUUGUUAUGAGUUGAACGUCUAAACUACUUGCGAGGAAUGGUGGGAUUGGAUCGAAUUCGGUUGAGUUGGAUUAGGCUGUUCUUGCGUAUGUUUAUUCUUAGACGUUGUAAAAAAGAUAAUGACACUCUUCUACAUACUUACUCAACCUCUCAAGCCUCUCUAAAUCGGGUCAAUAGCAUUGUUUGGCCCCCAGAUCUCCAAGGCCUUCUCCUAGGAACGCAU